CUCGAUUCUCUCAUCGACCUAUCAUCCGUACUCAGUACAAGUAUGGCAGCUGCCAUGCAGGAUGUGGUCCGCCAGCAGGCGUUAUCCUUAUGUUAUCAAGGUACUUUCAAGCAAAGUAUACUAAACGACAAGUAUACUGCAUGAACCGGUGUUCGUUUCUGGAAGCCCUCUGCUGCUCUUGUCAUGCCCUACGAGGAUGACUAGAUAGAAAAGCAAGGACUUCUGGAUUCGUUCUGAGAUUAUACGGUUUCAACUUGAUCUGGAUAAUACCAGCGAAAGGACUCAUGCUUGCCCCCUGUGGAGAAUAGACCUAACCUGUGGCAGAUUUUGAUCCGUGAAUAAACCAUCGACAACAUGUCUCCCCCCGCUGCCGUCUUUGAGUCUCCUGCCCCUGCCGUCCUUGGCAAUGGUGUAGACCUCAAAAAGAGCCUCGCCGUUAAGGCUGCCUCUGUCAGUCAGGAUGGUCAGGCAAAGACUCUGGCUGAGUUCGAGAGCAACUGGGACAACUUCACGUUCGCUCCCAUCCGUGAGAGCCAGGUCUCCAGGGCCAUGACCCGCCGUUACUUCCAGGACCUCGACACCUACGCCGAGUCUGACAUCGUCAUCGUCGGUGCCGGAUCUUGCGGUCUUUCCACUGCUUUCAUGCUCGCAUCCAAGCGCCCUGACCUCAAGAUCGCCAUCGUCGAAGCCGGUGUUGCUCCUGGUGGAGGUGCGUGGCUCGGUGGUCAGCUUUUCAGCGCCAUGAUCAUGCGCAAGCCCGCUCAGCUGUUUCUCAAUGAGCUCGGUGUCCCGUAUGAGGACGACGGCGACUGGGUCACCGUCAAGCACGCGGCGCUAUUUACAUCGACUCUUCUGAGCAAGGUGCUCCAGUUCCCUAACGUCAAGCUCUUCAACGCCACCACAGUCGAGGACUUGAUCACCCGCCCGGCUCCCACUAGGAAGGACCCCAAUGCUGUCCGCAUUGCCGGUGUCGUCACCAACUGGACCCUGGUCUCCAUGCACCACGACGACCAGUCCUGCAUGGACCCCAACACCAUCAACGCACCCCUCGUCAUCUCGACCACCGGCCACGACGGCCCAUUUGGCGCCUUCAGCGUCAAGCGCCUCGUCAGCAUGCUGCAGAUCGAGAAGCUCGGCGGCAUGCGCGGUCUCGACAUGCGCACUGCUGAGGAUGCCAUCGUCAAGCGCACCCGCGAGGUUGUGCCUGGUCUGAUUGUCGGUGGAAUGGAGCUCAGCGAGGUUGAUGGAGCGAAUCGUAUGGGUCCCACCUUUGGCGCUAUGGCACUCAGUGGUGUCAAGGCUGCUGAGGAGGCUCUCAAUGUCUGGGACGAGAGGAACGCUCAGAACGCGGAGUAGGCUAUGAAGCGGUGGCCGACACGUAGUUAUUCGCAACAAACACCGUCACUCGUUCAAUCAACCUCUUAAGUACUUGUGUGAUGCCACUGAAGGAGUGCUGCAGCCUUGCGCUUUGUGACCGACACCUCGGCCUGCACCCCCUUGUAGUUGUUCUUUGUUGAGCUUACACUCGUGGCGGGGUUGCACAAGGCGCGCCUUAGGCUCUUGUGGUUCGAAGUCGACAGCAGGGGGAUGCAUGUUGCUUGUGACGUGUUUCAGACACGUACAAGACUGUUGCCGUGUUGCGCAGAUGUUGUUGUUGUUAUUGUUGUUGUUGUUGUCUGUUAUUAUCUAUGGCCGCCAAAUCGUCUAUAGAGCAAGUCCCAUAGCAUUUGAUAGCGAACGAAGAAUACACGGACGUGCCUCUGGACGUGACCAGAUGACGAGC